UCAUUAAUUCACUCAAGCACAUUAGAAGAUCUCUAUCUGUAAGAGGGAAACAAAGCAAAGGAGGCUCACAUGGAUACGAGGCCUGCCGCCAGUCAGCGCGUCUACGAAGAUUUCAUCCCUUCACAUGAGUUGGUUCAAGAGGAAGGUGCUGGUACACUCAUCCUCGAGAUCCCAGGAUAUAGGAAAGACCAACUCAGGGUUCAGAUUAAUAACUAUGGGAAGAUUAGGAUUAGCGGGGAGCGUCCUCUCGGAGACAACCGAUGGAACCGAUUUCGCAAGGACUUCCAAGUCCCUGAGAACUGCAACGUCAGCGAAAUCCGUGCCAAGUUCGAGAACGGGCACCUCUACGUGAUAUUGCCAAAAUUGAUCCCUGAGGUCAGGGAGCGCAAAGAGCCUACACAAGCUCCUGAUGAGAAGCCCACAGCGAUCGAGCCGAAACCGAGCACGCGCCAAGAUGAGAUGAACCACAAAGCUUCUGUUGAGCCAAAUGGUGUUGCUAAGAAACAAGAAGAUGAGAAGAAAGGUGAACCAAUGGAUGCGAGAAAAGAAGUGCAGAAGGUGGGAGAGAAGGAGAAGGAUCAAACUGAAGAGAAGCAAUAUAAGGAGAAGGUUACAGGUGUUGUUGAACGUGAAGAGGGUGAGAAAGGUGAUGCAGUCACUGAAGGCGAGAAAAAGGAGGCGGUCAGGAAUGGGGUGAGCAAGUUGGUGGGUGAACUAGGCUCAGGCUUCUACAAGCCAAGCCAGAUCAUGGUGAAUAUAAUUGCAGCUGCUGUGGUUUUGGUUGGGGUGGGGUUGUACGUGACUUACAAACGGAGUCGACCCAUGGAGGAAGAUGGCCAUUAAGCUGGCUAAGCUAUGUAUGCUUUCAUUGAAACAUUGGAGGCAUUUGUGAUUUAUUAAAUGUAAAUGAUGCCUAAAAAGAAAAUAAAGUGAGGAAAUAUUGGAAUUCUUUACGUU